UUCUUUUAAGACAGACAAAGAAGUAGCAUUGCCUUCAUCUACCUUUGAUUGUAGUUAAAUUUUUCUCAACUAACAGUCGCCGCCAUUUUCAGAAGGACAAAUACCCAUAGGACAGUUCGAGCAGCAUGGAAAUAAUGGAGAAGGUUCAUUUCGUGUUACAUGAACGAGAAGAUGGCGGCCAAAAUGGCGGUCGGAGGAGUACUUCGCUGGAGGAGCCGAUUGUUGGUGGCUGUCUCAGUCCCUGUCCUUGGUGUGCCAUUUUUUCAAACUGUCAAAGCUGGUUCCAUGAAGGUCCAUCCCAGAGAGUUGGAGAUUUAUGAUGGCCCAGUUGAAGAGUCAAAGUACAACCUGAAUGAAGAAGAAAUCUCACAGUUAGAGGAGAAAGUGUCAGUAGCUAGAAAAUAUGUCUGGGGGUGGACCUCUAGUGUGAAGGUGAGUAGAGCAAGAAAUGUUACAUGUCGGCCAAUCAGAAGAAUUUUUUUUGCAUCUGUUUUGGGAACGACUGCAGCAGCUAUCUGUUAUCCAAAACAGGCGGUUGACAUAACGCAGACCAAUUAUCAGAGACUAAAGGUCUUUGUGAAUGAGCAGAGAAGCAACUAUAACCAAAAACAAGCAGAAAAGGCUGCUAAAGAGGAACUUAAACUUCGUGCAGAGGAAACACGAGUUUUAGAAGAUCAGGGAAGUCCUACAGUUGAAGUCACUAAAGGGGAAGUUGUGGAAAGCCAGACUGAAGUGAGUGAUGUGCAAGAGAAAACUACAGAACCAGAGAUGGCCGCAGAAGUGAAGCCUCAGUCAUCAUUUUGGAGUAAGAUUCCAUUUGUUGAUAAGUUAACUGGUGGAAAGACAAGUGCAACUGGAGAUGUGAGUCCUGUGCAAGUCAGUGAUGAUAAGGUUGUCACUGCGGAGGCUGAAAGCAGCAAGGAUCAAGUGAUUGUGCAAGAAGAUUCAGCCAGUGGAGAUGUGAAGCCUGAAGGAGACCUCGGACAGUCAAACCCUGAAGACAAAGACAUGUACUCCACUCGCUCGUAAAUGAAGCGAGGCGCUUUAAUGACACUUGAGAAAAAAGACAGGAAAGGCUAUUCAGUAUUUGUCGUUUAAUCAGCUUAAAGCAAAAGCGAAGGACACGGUGCAAAUUAUAGCCACUGCAUAAGAGCUCACAAAAACCUUUUUUUUAUUUUGUUAAAGUGCUGCGUUUCUAAUGAGCGCAUUUUCAAAUAAAUAAACUAAAUACCGGGUCUGUAUUGUUGAUUUUUAUGCCAGCGUUACCUGAGAUCAUGUCGGUAUCGAAGGAGUUUGUUCGGUGGGUUUACGAGAGUCACGUGAUCUUGAGGAAUUCUUCACCGAAAACUGGGAAUAAGUCAAGCCCAAUAUCACGUGGUUCCCCUAACGUGUCAGUUUUAAGACGAUGCACAUUACAAUCCAAGCUACUCAAUUCCAGGUCAAUCUCACCUAUGACAGCCCAAGUUUCCAGAGCAUUUUAUUUCCAACCACGCCUGCCGCAUGCGCAGCGGGUAAAGAUU